GGUAAAGAAGCGGAAACUAGUGUACCGAUUCAAAUGACUUAUUUUAUAAACUCAUCUAAAAGUUAAAUCUUAAAAAGGGAUUAAUUUUUUUGCGAUUUUUACUAUAUCUGAUCCUUUUCUUUUAGUUGUUGAUUUUUUUUUGUCAAUUAAAAAAAAAAAAUGUCGCAAGAUUACUUUAAUGUACCGAUAUUCUUCAUUCUCUUUCGUGAGACAACUGAAGCAGCUAUCAUUGUAUCAGUUCUUUUGUCCUUCUUAAAAAAGAUGUUCAAUCCUGAAUCACCUACAUAUAAACGUCUUCGUAAUCAUGUUUGGAUUGGUUCUGCUGUGGGCCUAUUUAUUUGUAUAUGUAUUGGUGUUGCUUUUAUUGCAGUUUACUAUACCCUUCUCAACGAUUUGUGGGGAAAUUCUGAAGAUAUCUGGGAAGGUGUCUUUUCACUUGUUGCUGUCAUAAUGAUUACUGCUAUGGGUCUUGCUAUGCUUAAAACUGAACGUAUGCAAGAAAAAUGGAAGGUUAAAUUGGCCAAAGCCAUGGAAAAAUCCUCUUCAGAAAAAUCUUCAUUCAAGGAUAAACUUCAAAAAUAUUCUUUCUUCAUUUUGCCUUUUAUUACCGUUCUCAGAGAGGGUCUUGAAGCUGUUGUUUUCAUUGGUGGUGUAUCUCUAGGUAUUUCAGCUAAAUCUAUUCCUAUUGCUGUCAUCAUGGGUAUUAUUUGUGGUUUAUUAGUCGGUCUUCUUAUCUACCGCGGAGGAUCAUUAAUUCAACUUCAUUGGUUCUUUGUAUUCUCAACUGUCAUCCUUUAUCUUGUCUCUGCUGGUUUGAUGGCAAGAGCUGUAGGCUUCUUGGAAAAAAACUCAUGGAAUAAAGUUAUUGGUGGUGAAGGUAAUGGCGUUAUUGGCUACAGAGUUAAGACUGCUGUUUGGCAUGUCUCUUGGGGAGACCCAGAAUUACAGACUGAUGACAAUGGUGGUUGGCAAAUCUUUAAUUCUAUUCUUGGUUGGAAUAAUACUGCUAGUCUUGGUACUAUUAUUAGUUACUGUCUUUAUUGGUUGUUUGUUAUUUGUUACCUUGCCUAUAGUUUCUAUAAGGAAAGACGUGAUGCCAUUCGUAAAGCAGAAGCUGGUGAAUGGGAUGAUGGUGAUGAAGCUAUGGAUCGUGCUCAACAUUUUAUUGAUGAAUCUGGCGAAAUUCGCAAUGUUAACGAUGGUGAAUUAAAGGAACAUCACUCCGAAACUAUUGAGACUUCCCCUAUUAAAGUUUAAUAUAUUGUAUACAUCUUUAAAGCAAAAGAAAAUCAUAGAACUACACUUUUUUUUUUUACUUACUAAUUCCUUGCAAAAAAAAUUUUUUUAUUGCAAUAACUAUUUUAUUAUAUUUUUCCCCACUCCAUUUUGUAAUGUUAUUAAUAUUAUUUUAAUGAUUUAGAUACAUCAUAAGCUAGUGUACUGAAUCAAUUUAUAUUACCGUUUUAUUAUCACAACUUAACCUCUUACAUAUAUUCCAUUAAUAUAUAUAUAUAUGUAUUUUUUUUUACUAUGAUUAAAAUAAAUAUAAUUCCUCUUUUAUUAUAAAUAUUUUUGAAUAUG